CUUCACUCAAUCACAUAGAAGAGCUCCACGUCUGAACUCCAUUUACUUAACCAUUUGCAAAAGUUCCAAUAAUUGGAAACGUUUUUGCAAAUGGGGUUUCUGAAUCUUUUCAUUGUGGCAGUAAUGCCAGUUCUAAAAAUAAUAUUGAUCAUUGCUAUUGGCUUGUUGCUUGCUUUGGAUCGCGUGAAGCUCCUGGGACCAGAGGCAAAACACCAUUUGAACAAAAUUGUAUUCUAUGUGUUCAGUCCUGCACUUGCGGCCAGCAGCUUAGCUGAAACAAUGACUUUCAAAAGUUUCACAACCUUGUGGUUCAUGCCGGUGAAUAUCUUGAUAACAUUCGUUUUGGGUUCAGCACUAGCUUGGCUUCUCAUAAAAUUCACUAGAACUCCUAAACACCUUCAGGGCAUUGUCAUUGGUUGCUGUUCUGCAGGAAAUUUGGCAAACCUGCCUCUCAUUAUGGUUCCGGCUGUCUGUGAGGAGCCAAGUAAUCCAUUCGGAGAUCCAUCUGUUUGCUCUACAAAUGCUAAGCCAUAUGCUUCUCUAUCUUUAUCGAUUGGAGCCAUUUUUAUGUGGUCAUAUGUGUAUGGUAUCAUGCGCAUGUAUGCAAAUAAAAGCAUUGAAAGCUCCACCACCGGAAUCAAUUCUCCCAGAGACACCUCUGAAACAGUUUCAGGGAGUCGCACACAAGCUGCCCUACCUUCAAGUGAUUGCAACAAUUCUGACCUGCCUCGCACCAUUUCCGGCGAAAGAAGUACAAAGACGUCAGGUUUGAAGAAGAUAAUACCGUGUAUCAAGAUGAUUUCGAGAAAGAUUGACCUAAAGAAGGUGUUUGCACCAACAGCAGUUGCAGCGAUUGUUGGGUUUAUAAUCGGGGCAGUCUCUCCAAUCCGAAAACUAAUGAUUGGUAGUAGCGCACCUCUUCGUGUAAUUGAUAGUUCUGCACACAUACUGGGGGAGGCAUCAAUUCCAUGUAUGACCUUGAUAAUGGGGGCAAACCUUCUGACAGGUUUAAAAGGAUCAGAUGUAAGCCGGAAUGUGAUUAUAGGGAUUAUAGCAGUGAGGAACAUCUUCUUGCCCCUCUCGGGGAUCGGUGUUGUUAAAGCUGCUCACCAUUUUGGCUUGGUUGGCUCAGAUUCCUUGUAUCAGUUCGUUCUUAUGCUUCAAUAUGCCGUUCCGCCUGCAAUGUCUAUAGGUACAAUGACACAAUUUUUUCAGCUUGGUCAAGGUGAAACUUCUAUGAUUAUGCUAUGGGCUUAUGUUACAGCCGCAGUCACCCUCACACUUUGGUCAACCUUUUUCAUGUGGCUUCUGGCUUGAUUUGUUGGCCAAGGCUAUAUAUGUAUAUUUCACAAUGAAGAAUGUAUUGCAUGAUGAGUAGGUAUCAAGAAAUAUAUGAUGAGUAGGAUAUUGGAAGGAUCCAAACAUCGAGUCUUGGAGACAAUCUAAAUUUAUACUCUAUUUUCUUUUUCUUU